CCAGUGUCGUUUUCAGAGUGGGGGGCACCAGGGUGUCAUCCACCCCAGUGUGGGGCUCAGAGCAAGUGACAGAAGGCAGCUGUAACAUCCACCCUCUGCCUGGGUGGGAAUCCCAGCGGAUCCCAUCCCUACAAACGCAGAUUAAGCAGUAAAUGGGAUUUUUUUCCCCUCUCCCAGCCAGCAGCAGCAGCAGGAGAAGGACAUGACCCACCAUGUCUGAGGGCAGCAGGGGCCACUCGGUGGCCUUCGGCCAGGUGGUCAUCGGGCCACCAGGCUCCGGGAAAACCACCUACUGCCACGCCAUGAGGGAAUUCCUGACGCAGAUCGGGCGCAGGGUGUCCGUGGUGAACCUGGACCCUGCCAACGAGGCGCUGCCCUGCCCCUGCGAGCUGGACAUCGGCCAGCUCAUCACCCUGCCCGACGUCAUGGGCAGCCUCGGGCUGGGCCCCAACGGGGGCCUCCUCUACUGCAUGGAGUACCUGGAGACCAACGUGGACUGGCUGCAGGAGAAGCUGGAAGGGCUCAAGGGACACUAUGUCCUCUUUGACUGCCCCGGGCAGGUGGAGCUCUACACGCACCACAACUCCCUGAAGAACGUCUUCGCCCACCUGACCAAGUGGAAUUUCAGGCUGGCUGCAGUGCAUCUGGUGGAUUCCCACUACUGCACAGACCCUGGGAAGUUCAUCUCUGUGCUCUGCACCUCCCUCUCCACCAUGCUGCACGUGGAGCUGCCCCACGUCAACAUCCUCUCCAAGAUGGACCUGAUCGAGCAGUACGGGAAGCUGGCUUUCAACCUGGAUUAUUACACCGAGGUCCUGGAUCUCUCUUACCUGGUUGAUCAUUUGGCCUCCGAUCCCUUCUUCAGGAAUUACCGCCGCCUCAACGAGAAGCUGGUGGAGGUGGUUGAGGACUACAGCCUGGUGUCCUUUGUCCCCCUCAACGUCCAGGACAAGGAGAGCAUGCAGCAGGUGAUGCAGGCAGUGGACAAAGCCAACGGCUACUCCUUCGGAGACCAGGAGCACAGGAGCCUGGAAGCUCUGAUGUCGGCAGCAGUGGGAGCUGAUUUCCACUUCUCUUCCACCCUUGCAGUGCAGGAGAAGUAUGUGCAAUCUCAGGACAAAGCCGUGGAAGAAGAGGUGAUGGAUCUGUGACACACCCUUCCAUGGCUCCUCUGUUUUGACACCUCUCCUUUUUUCCUACCAGGAGCUUAAGCUGUGACUCAGAGCAAGUGAAAGCCCUUCCAGACAUAGUCUGGCUGCUGGACUCCCUCUCUGGGUGGGUUUGACUUCCCAGGCUUCUGCCUUGCUGCACAGAGCAGAAAUUUGGGAGAAAGGAGAUGGCUGAAGGUGGGAUGAGCCGGGUCUUUCCUUAGGAACAGAGAGACUGAGCUGGAGAAGGAAAAGCAAGGAAAAGAAGAGAGAUAAAGUCUCCUCUUCCCCAUCAUGACCAAGACAGAUCCAGAGAAAGAAAAAUCAGUUGGAGCUGCCUCAUCUUCAGAGGGACUUGAGACACGAGUUCUGGGUUUGCUGCAGGAGGAACGUGCACGGGCCUCGUGCUCCGGGGAGCAUCCAGGCGGAGACGCCUCCGCUCCGUCUCAAGGAGAGAAAGAUGUUUGUUUUUCUUUUUCUUGGAAAUAAUGAUGGACUCUUUCUUAAUAAAAGAACUCCUUCGCCUCACUUUCA